AUGGCUGCUUCACUUGCUUCAAUUCCAUUGUCGCGCAAUGGUCUCUCUCUCCAGUUCUCCCCAACGAAACGCCAUUGUUUCACAGUUCCAGAAUUCCACUCACCUAUGCGUGUGUGUUGCUCUGCAUCUAGGGAUGGUCAUGAAUUAAAGGAAAACUUGUCUCAACUGAAGCAACUUAAGAAUGUAGCUUGUGGCAUUCUUGCUGUUUGGGCUGUUACUGCUGCCUCGCCUGUAAUUGCUGCUGGUCAGAGGUUGCCCCCAUUGUCAACUGAUCCAAGUCGGUGUGAGCGUGCAUUUGUUGGCAACACAAUAGGUCAAGCAAAUGGAGUUUAUGACAAGGCAAUUGAUCUCCGCUUCUGUGAUUACACAAAUGAGAAGUCCAACCUGAAGGGAAAGAGUCUUGCAGCAGCACUCAUGUCUGAAGCAAAAUUUGAUGGUGCAGACAUGUCAGAAGUUGUGAUGUCAAAGGCUUAUGCUGCAGGAGCUAGCUUCAAGGGUACAGAUUUCUCAAAUGCAGUUCUAGACCGAGUUAACUUUGAGAAAGCUAAUCUGCAAGGAGCUUUGUUUAAGAACACUGUGUUAUCAGGCUCCACCUUUAAUGAAGCAAAACUUGACGGUGCAGUGUUUGAGGAUACCAUUAUCGGGUACAUUGAUCUUCAGAAACUCUGUAGAAAUACAUCUCUCAAUGAGGAAGGAAGAGCAACUCUGGGGUGUCGAUGA